AUGAAGGAAAUACCGGACGACAUUAUGUUGUGUUUUGUACAAGGUUUUAGAGAUAAAGAUAAUCGAGAUGUGGACAGCAAAGGUAAUCAGAAAACAGCAAAAAAGUCAGGUGUAAAACGAGCACCUGCUGUGACCGACUUAUCUGAAGUAAAUGACAGUGAUGAAGUCGAAUUGAGGAACCCACUGUCUAAGGGCAGGUCCCUAAGGCUCUCUACUGGAGAAAAGUUGCUUAAAAACUUGCCUGAUGUUAAGCGGAGCUUCAGUGAUCGUUUCUCUGUGAUUUCCGACAGUGGGAAGAAGUCUCAAAAAGGAUUGUUGACUAUUAGAAAAACAUGGUCAACCGGGAACUUUUCGUCAGGUACUGGUGGCGGGGUCGGGGCGCCUCGCUCCGCCCCCGCCACCCCGCUACAGCUUGAGCCUCAGGCGAGACCCACCAAACACGACAAACACGUAGUGAAGCCUUUAUCGGGCUCUGCGCCGUCGGUCCGAGUUGGUGCAACAGCAGGCUCAGAUGACACGACGGAGGGCAAGCAGCCCAGCAAGUCCAGGCAGAAGAAGUUCCAGAGGCAUUUCCCACAAGUGGGCCCAGAGGAACGAGUGCUCAAUUACUAUGCAUGCGCCCUGGUUGGCGAUAUUCUACUACAGGGCCAUUUGUAUAUAACGAAGAAUUACUUCGCUUUUUAUUCCAACGUUUUUGGAUAUGUGACAAAACUGCUUAUACCCACGUCAUCCGUUCUUCGAAUAACGAAGGAGAAGGUGGCCCGGAUAAUACCCAAUGCUGUUGGGGUGUGCACGAGGGAUGAAAGACACGUGUUUGGCUCCCUGCUGUCCAGGGAUGCAACCUACAAGCUUAUGACCCUCGUCUGGAAGUCUUCCAAGGCUCCGGAACUUGCGGUACCGAAAUCAGAGGAUCUGAGAACGCCGGAAAUAUCUGAGUACUCGCCCGAAGAUGAUAGCAGCUCUGGUGGUGCUGAUCACAUUGAUUCAACGCAGCCCGUGAGGCCGGAACCAGAAGUCAUAAUGGCUGCUGCGACCGCAGCGGUUAUCCAGCCGGCGCUUCUAACAGGUGCGAGCAGCGGCGUUGCCAAGCGCGAAAUGUCUUAUUGGCAGGUCGCGAUGCUGACUGUCGCUGUUCUGCUCACUUGCUCAGCGCUUUUCCUCGCGUACAGGCUCUACUGCGUCGCGUACCGACCGCACGACGGUAUGGCUGAGAUGUCUGGCGAGGAGUUGUAUUCGGAGCUGAUGCGCUGGCGCACACGGCUGCACGGCCGAGCGGCUAACGAGCUGCACGCAUUCCUGUCUACCAACUUAUUGCUGCUAUCUAAGGUUCGACAGUCGUUAGAAGCGCUCUCGGGCGUUAUACUGACGGAUAUGGCGGAGCAGGCCGGCCACAGAUACGCCGACGUGCCAAACGACACGCUCUUCAGUUAG